GCAUGCGCGGAAUAAGUACGUUAGAGGGUUAGUAAUGCCGCGUUCAAAACAACUGGGAAUUGGAAAAAUACGUGGUCAAAUCAUGACUUCUGUGAUCUUCAGGUCGGAACACUAGAAAGAGGCCAGAGUUCCGGAGUUGGAAUUCCGAAUUGGAUGACUGUUUACAUUUAUUUUCCACAGUCGGAGAUCGUUUUUCCAGAUUUCCAAGUUCCUGUGAACGCGGCAUUAUACCAAUCUGAGUGUGUCACACAAUUAUAGUCGUUAUGGCAGCCCAUGCUAGUGAGCUUGAAAUUGCUAAGAAAAAUUUAACAGAAGCAAUUGGUGAUAAUGUCAAACAUUACUGGGCGAACUUGAAGCUGUGGUUCAAACAGAAGAUAAGCAAGGAAGAGUUUGACAUCGAGGCUCGUCGCCUUUUGGCACAAGACAACGUUCAUGUCCACAAUGACUUUCUCCUGGCCAUUCUCACUCGCUGUCAGAUCAUCAUCUCCACACCAGAGGGUGCUGGAUCUUUGCAAUGGGCAGGUGGCUCAGCCUCCAAGCCUGGCAAGCCUGCCAAAGGAAAGAAGAAGUUCUCCUCCAGGCAGAAAUUUGAUCAUCGUUUCCAGCCCCAGAACCCUCUGAGUGCGGCCCAGCCCUUUAGCCCACGGGAGGCUGGGGGUGACGAGGACGAACUGAAACUUAGUGCCCAUACCUUGCUGCUGCCCACCCGUGGCCAGCUGGAGGCCCGCAUGAUGGUCACCGCCUUCGAGCUGGGCCUAGACAAUGUCAUGGAGGACGCUGUCAGCACCAUGAUCCAUGCUGUCGAGAACCACCUGAAGGAUGUGCUGACUGCCGUGGUGUCCAGGAGGAAGGCCUACCGGCUGCGUGAUGGACACUUCCCCUACGCCUUCGGCAGUCAUGUCACCCCACAGCCCUACUUGAAGAACAGCCUGGCUGCCUACCAAAUCGUCACUGAAUGCCCACCUCCCAGUGCGUCUCUCCCUGCGGGCCCACCCCCUCAGGUGUCACCAGACAAUACUGAGCAGCAGGCUGCUCUCCUGUUGGCAUGUUCUGGUGACAGUCUCCCUGCGCCCCUCCCUCCUAUCAGCAUGUUUGAUCUCUUGGAAGCGUUACAGGUCCACCGGGGUGUGAUGCCCUCUCACACCAUGUAUGCCCUGAACAUGGAGCGUAUCCUGUCCCGACUGUGGCACCCAAGUCACGAGGAACUGGAGCAGGACCAUGUGCACCGCCAACGCCAUGCAGGGAAGGACGGCCUGCUUGUCAGCUGAGACACACAGACGGUCAGGUGGACACGCAGACAGGUCGUGGUUGGGUAGGGCAGAGACAAAUGGAGAGAUGAACACAGUGUUGAAGCACCUAUGUGGGUCCUAUACCCUGCCUUGAAGCAGAGCGAGAGGGAGAGGAUGAUCUCUAAGACUGGAUUAACACUCCACUAGGGAGUGCAACCAAUUCACCACGCAACACAACUUUACACUAGUGUUAAUAACGUUUUAGAGUGUAAACCCAGCCUUAGAUGCAUAUCGGUGUGGAAGACUCACAGACCUGUAAUGUAGAGAAAGAAAGGAAGUCCCAGUGUUGUGGUAUGGUCACAGACAUGGCUUUUUAAGGCACUAACAUGUCUAUACACAUGCACACACAUCUCUCCCAUAACCCCUGACUGUUUUUUAAAUGCACUGUUAACAAGUUUGGGUGCAUUUCUGACCUUAGGGUGAGUUUAUUUUGUUAGUUAAUUUGUCAGUGUUACUUUUGUAUUUCCCACACCUCUGUGAACAAAUGUUGCGGCCCCGUUUAUUUUGAUAUUGACAUGCUCUUGUAGAAUUAUGCCUGAACUUCACUUGGGUCCUUGUUUACUGUAUUUUGUCACAGCGAUGCAUGCAUCACAGUAUGUAUGCAAAUGUGUAUAAAUGGUUUUGUAUUUUUUUUCACCAAUUGUUUUUAAUAUCAGUCAAAAAUGGCAAAAUUAAAUAAAAAAUAUAUUACACUUCUGUUAACACAA